UGGCGCAGUUUUUGAAUUUCUGCGCCAUUGCUGCUCAGAGGCGAAUCUCAUAUUUCAAAUUAAUCUCAUUAUGACGUCAUCAGAGUAAUAUUGCUCCUGAGUCCUGUUCCUCAGCAUCUUACAAGAGUUUUAGGAUAAAAUAUAAAUCAGACAGUGAAAAUACUUCUUUCUCUAAUGCAAAACACGGACGCAGCAACUAAAGAGUGAUCGACAAUUGACAAAUGAUCACACAAAGCACACACAAGGGUCAAAUCAAGGCCAUAUAUAGGGUCAAAUGAAGACUUUGAUAGCAUUGAAAGGGCUUAUCGUAUUGAUUUAUUAUCAGUUUUCCUGAGAAGACAAAUAACUGCAUUUUCCACGCUGACUAUAAAUAGCAUUUUCAGCAUCAUCCACAAACGAAGUGACAACAGUGCUAUGCCAUCUAUGAGGCAUCGUGCGAUAUAUCACUUCGUUAUAGGUGGCGGUAGCUGUGGUGCGCCGAAUGAAUGAGACACCUAGCGGUCAUUUGAUAAAACUGUCGCCAGAUCACUGAUCACGUGACCAAAUACGCCUGCUACGUGGAGAUCGCCGGUCACUGGCGCACGGACGCGGCGGAUCUGUUUGUGUUGGCUCCUUUCGAAUUGCCCCGUGUGAUUGUGGCAAGCCUGAUAGGGAAAGUCGUUCAUUUUCCAUUCUAGAUUGAGUGCGACAAAUUUUUGUGUCAUAGAUGUUGUAGAGUGAAAGGAGUUUCGUCUUACCGCCCUUGUACGGCCUGUGUUUUUAAUAUCUGCACUGAAUAGAAGACUGAAAUGGGCUUUAAAUUUCUGGAUGUAAUAAAGCCCUUUUGUGGCAUUCUACCAGAAAUCGCCAAACCUGAAAGAAAAAUCCAGUUCAGGGAAAAGGUGCUAUGGACAGCAGUCACUCUCUUCAUCUUCUUAGUUUGUUGUCAGAUCCCGCUGUUUGGCAUAAUGUCGUCCGACUCUGCCGACCCGUUCUACUGGAUCCGAGUGAUCCUGGCGAGUAACCGCGGCACCCUCAUGGAGCUGGGUAUCUCGCCCAUCGUCACCUCGGGCCUUAUCAUGCAGCUGCUGGCCGGAGCCAAGAUCAUCGAGGUCGGCGACUCACCAAAGGACCGCGCCCUCUUCAACGGAGCUCAGAAACUGUUCGGUAUGAUCAUCACCGUGGGCCAGGCGAUCGUGUACGUGCUGACGGGCAUGUACGGCGACCCGUACGACAUCGGCGCCGGCGUGUGCCUGCUCAUCAUCCUGCAGCUGUUUGUGGCCGGCCUGAUCGUGCUGCUGCUAGAUGAGCUGCUGCAGAAGGGAUACGGACUCGGCUCGGGCAUCACGCUCUUCAUCGCCACCAACAUCUGCGAGACCAUCGUCUGGAAGUCGCUCAGUCCGGCCACCGUCAACACAGGCCGCGGUACUGAGUUCGAGGGCGCCCUGAUCGCGCUGUUCCAUCUGCUAGCCACGCGCCAGGACAAGGUGCGCGCUCUGCGCGAGGCCUUCUACCGGCAGAAUCUGCCCAACCUGAUGAACCUGCUCUCCACCCUGGUCAUCUUCGCCGUGGUCAUAUACUUCCAGGGCUUCCGUGUGGACCUGCCGAUCAAGUCAGCCCGCUACCGUGGCCAGUACAGCAGCUACCCCAUCAAGCUGUUCUACACGUCCAACAUUCCCAUUAUCCUGCAGUCGGCGCUCGUCUCCAACCUCUACAUCAUCUCGCAGAUGCUGGCGGUCAAGUUUCACGGUAACUUCUUCGUCAACCUGCUGGGUGUGUGGGGUGACGUGGGUGGCGGCGGCCCGGCGCGUUCGUACCCGAUCGGCGGCCUCUGCUACUACCUCUCGCCGCCCGAGUCGCUCGGUCACAUCGCCGAGGACCCGCUGCACGCCCUGCUCUACAUCGUCUUCAUGCUGGGCUCGUGCGCCUUCUUCAGCAAGACGUGGAUCGAUGUGUCCGGCUCGUCGGCCAAGGACGUGGCCAAGCAGCUGCGCGAGCAGCAGAUGGUGAUGCGCGGCCACCGCGAGAAGUCGAUGAUCCACGAGCUGAACCGCUACAUCCCCACUGCUGCGGCGUUCGGCGGCCUCUGCAUCGGCGCGCUGUCCGUCAUCGCCGACUUCAUGGGCGCCAUCGGCUCCGGCACCGGCAUCCUGCUGGCCGUCACCAUCAUCUACCAGUACUUUGAGAUCUUCGUCAAGGAGCAGAGCGAGAUGGGCGGCAUGAGCACGCUGCUGUUCUGAGCGGCUGGCGCUGUCGGCCGCUCUGGGUGUGCAGGUGGGGCCGGUGGGCGGCUGUCUCCGCCGCCCGGCCGCCGCACUCCCCGCCCGGCGACUAUUUAUUUGUGUGUGAGCGGCGGAGCCUCUCGAGUCUGUCCUCCUCUGUUGUCUGUAUGUGACUGGGUGCAGGGCAGAGGUGCCGCUCCGUCCGAUUUCCGCUAUUCCGCGUGCGGGGCCGGUUCGGCCCGGUCUCAACUGGGUGAGAGGGUUCAGAUUUCUCCGGGACUGAGUGAGCCCUGAGACUGGGCAACGUGAAUGCGCGGCCUUGGACGGUCUUGGUGAGACAGUGACGGUGACGGCUAUGUGCUGAGGGUUCAGGGCGUACGACGCAGUUGUUAACCGAACGGUUGUUGUAUUUAGUUGCGAACGAGAUAUUAUCACUGAGACCAUUGUGCGACUUCCUUCAGUAUUUCAGCAAGUGAGAGCAGUUGGUGUAAAUUGAACACAAUCCCAGAAGUGACAAUACAAAAACAUCGACGACAUUAA